UUGCGUUCCAUUUUUGGACCAAUCAGGGCUGGCCUAUUUUCGUCGCGCAUUAUUAUAAUGUCUUUAUGUGUGGGAAUUUCGAUAGCACUUUCUUGGUAGUAUUCAGAGUGGCUUAUAUUUUUUAAGAGUCUGUAAUUAUGUUUUAGUGUACGUUUUUAGUGGUUAGGAUUCUGUUUGUUAUCAUGUAACUAAAUUAACUUGACAAGUAAUACGUUGUUCAGAAUAUCAUUUUUUAUUGACAUAAUCUUGUAAAUAUUUUGAAUCCAUAUUUUCAUAUUAUGGGGCUCAUCCUAUUAAGUAUUUAGUGAAUGCUUGGAACCCUUUAUAUAACGGCUCCCAGUAACUCGGAUCUUACAACUCUUAUGAAUGCUAAGUUUUAAAAGAUAUGUAGAUCAAAAAAGAUAAACAUAUAGUUCAAUUAUUCACAAUGAAUCACAGGCGGUGUCUGGGUAAGUUAAUGAUGGCGUUUAUUUCAAUAUUUGAUAAGGGUUAGUUGUGAAUCAUAGUUGCCAAUUCUUGUUGUCAGUGUUGAUUCACUAUAAAUUUUUGAGUCUUGAAUCUAUGAGUUAUUGCAAUCCACUCGUAAGGGACUAGGUCACACGUACUUAGAACUUAUUUGGAACUUGGACAUAGGAUUUUACGUACAAAACACAUAGUGAUCCUUCCUCUCCAACACUAAUUUGCUGGAUUUAAUAAUAUUGCCAGUGACCUAUCAGAUUAGGAAGUAAACUAUGCAGUCGUAUAGUACCGUUGUUCUUUCAAAUUUUACUUGAUGGGAUGUCGAUAAACUAAAAACACCUGGUUAGGGUUGUGUUGUAUAUUGCACUGUACACAGCUCACUUGGUUUCCUCCGACCUGUGUCACCUGUGGUGCAGACGAGUUGUCCAUCUAUCUCUCAAAAGGCAAGUACACUGUACAUCAUCCUGCUCUAUACUGCUUAGUGGUUGCAAAAUAUUGUCAGCGAAAGUGUAGGUUGUUAGUAUCCGAUCGCAUUUCUUCAAACCAUUUUUCGAGUAUUAUGAAAACACAGGGAGUAAUCCUAAAUUUAAGCAUUUGCUUUUUGGUGAAAAUAGUUACUCGAUUUAUGGUUAGGUUAUGUACUGCUGAUAUGAUAGACAAGAGUUUACAAACCUUUUAAAGGCUCUCUAAUCGAACACUAUUGGUCGGGUCAGCUUAUAGCGAAUUGCCACCAGAAUGAUUAACCUCCAGUUGUGUUAUUUAGUUAUCUCUCGUUUAAUUGGCUUCGCGAUAUAUGCUUCUCUAGCAACAGCACUUUCUACACUUCACUUUUCAGGAGUUGGUCUCACUUCAGACAGUUCACUUAUCGGCUAGAAAUACUCAGGCCACGACACUGACAAAAUGCAAUCUUGAUCGUAUUAAGUGACUUAUAUGAAAUGCUAUUCCAUCUCUAGUUACAUGGCGUUGCUUCAUGAGUGACCUGGGUCUACGCCUGAAUUAAUGAUAGAAAAGUAGUUAAGCAUGUCGACCACUUGUCUUGAAGGUCUCACCGCCCUUUGGGGGCUAGUGUCUGACGGAAUCUGGGGACAGAUUCAUAAAGCUUGGUUAGAUUUUAUCAACUUACGUCACUUAUCUCAUAGCCAAGAUGUCCAUCUGCUAACUAAGGGUAUGUAUACACAGCAAUACUAUCUGUAUUACUUUAUGGUUGUGAAACGUGGUCUAUAUAAACAGAAAAAAUUCAUAGACUGAAGAUUUCUGGUCACAUAGGUUUUCAAAACACUGCUUGCGUUUCUCGGAAUGUCACUGGCUCAGAUGCACUCACCGUUUCUCUUCCUCUAGAUCUUGAAUUUCAGUAUUCCUUCAUAUAUUUUACUUAUUAUUUGUUUAUUUAUUUAAACUCAUAAACAUUGUUACAAAGGAGCACCAAAAUAUUUAUGGUCCAAACAAAUCAUUGAAUUUGUUUGUGGGCUAGGAUACUACCACGUUGUCUAAUCCACUAGGCAGUGAAGCAAUGUUAAGAAAUAUGGUCCCAUGGUAGCAUGUAAUGGGUUCAUAUGCCAUUUAUUCCCUCAAGAUCCUGGAACUCAUGUGCACCGUUGGUUUGGAAUCAUGGUUUUCCAACUUCCCUGGCCGGAUACUCAGCACUCGCCAACCCAGUUUAGGCGCCGGAAGUUAGCUUUUUGUCUUCUCAAUUUCAUGAACAAGUGCCCUGGCCGCGGGAAGCUAGUGAAAAGAACUUCCCUGACAGUGGCUAUACACGCGCGACUGUAUGAGAGCAUCUCGAGAGGGUGAGAGGAUUCACUUCACCCUUGGCUGUACCAAGGCCUUUGAGGUCAUUCAUGGGGCUUACGUCAAUACCGAUACCUUAGUUUUGUACGCAAAUAUCAAUCAGCCACAUCUUAUCACUGUUCAUUAUCGACUGACCAACAUUUUUAACAAUAUCAAACUGUUUGGAUAAUCAAAUCAUCAAAACUUUUCCAUAGCACCUAGGUAUGCUCAAUCACUUUCUACUGCAACAUACAGUGGUAGCAAGUUUUGGCACAGGUUUAAAGGAGGUUAGGGAUGAUCAAACCAGCAUUAACCUAGUCAGUGACUGUUGAUAUGAACCGUGCGAAAUUCGUGGUUUAGGUUAGCACAGUAAUCGUAAUCCAUGGUUGAAAAUGUUGGAGAUGUCCCAAAAUCAUUUACAGUAGAUUAGAUGAAUCUAUUGUUUGUAUACCACUAGGUCAUAAGUUUCAACAUUGUCCCAUAAUUUUUAUUCCUCAAAUUCACUAUUUUCUGAACCGCAUCCUCUAUAUUUAGUCUUUUUCACCAUCAUUGUUACUAUUAAUUUCGAUUCUUUUGCUACUCAUCCUGGUAAAUUUAUCUCGCUGUGUUGAUAUGGUUAGUUCAUUUUUUCUAAUUCACAUUCUUGCUAGUUUCUACAUCGUUUGUAACUGACCAACUGUAUUUUGAGCAAGUAAAUGUAUCUAUUUCAUUGAAAUCGUUCCUCAGAUCAAAACGUAUCCCACCCCUAGAUAGAAAUAGGAAAAGUGAAGCCGAAAUUUUGAAACAACAGGAACGUCAUCCCUCAUGCAUAGCCAGUAGUGGACCACUUGAUCAAUCUGUAUGUAGUUAUAUGACAAUACGAUAGAUGGCUGGGGUGUGUUCCAUUUGUUUAACUAUUAUCAUCUACUUGGCGUAGGGGCAGAUUUAAUGAAAAAAACCGGUCAAACUAUAAGAUGGUGUCAGUUAAUAAAUCCAUUUAAUGCCAAACUGAGUUGUAUUGAUAAUUGCAAGCCGCUUGUUUAGAGUUUUCUCGACAAUUACCACCAUUAGUUAAAGAUUUCGGGUAAUGUGACUCGGAAUCUGGCAAACUGACCCGGAUCUUUUGAUUUUUACCUUUCGAACUAUGUUCUUAAUGUUUAGUCCUACAAUCAUUGAUACUACCGCUAUUUCGUUAUUUAUACAAUUAAGUUCAUCCCAUGUAUUAAAUAAAUAAGUAAGAUGUAUAGCUUUAUAUCAUGUUGAUGUGGUUUGAGAAUUUGGGGGAUAGCACAUUUAUUCAAGGUUCUGGGUUAACUAUCAAUAAAUGAGAUCCACAUCUAAUCUCCAAGAUCUAUAACUUAGCGUUUUUCGAAGAGUAAAAUUUUAAUUCUCACGUCCUCAGAAUAUGAGGUUUAACAUUGUAUAUACUUAGGAUUUAAAUCGAUAUCUUUUAUUGCAUAUAUUUUAGAUCAGGUCUUAAACAAUUAUGACUUUUAAUCCAUAUCCUGUAAUCUUUAACCAUCCAUUUUAUUUCAGAAAUCCCCACUGGUACAAUACUUUUCGGUUAUAAUGUAUUCAGUUAUUUCAAGCGAUUUUCGAACAGCAGUUAGUACUAUUUUCGGUCUCAACUUUUUCUAUGACAUCAUAGGAUGAGUUAUCCACCAGAUGCUUCACGUUCAUGUCAUGAAGCUGAUGGACGUAGUGAUCGAAGCGGUGGUAGUGGUGGUGCAACUAGUGGGAGUGGGGGUGUUUAUGGAACAUUAUGCAGUGCAUUUGGAGGUAGCAACUGGUCAAGCAGUACUGCAUCAUAUGAAGUUGGACAUGAUCCCAUAAUUUCCGUAGCUCCAUCAAAUACAAAUGAACGGAUGAUUUCAAAUUGGAAGAAAUGGUCGUUAGGUUUGGAUUAUUUACUUCAGGAUAGUGAAGGUGUAGCCCUUUUUAAAUCUUAUCUUCAAUACGAAGGUUGUGCAAAUCUUCUUGAUUUUUGGUUUGCAUGUCAAGGUUUCCGGAGUAAAGUUGAUCCUUCUGAUCACCGAAAAAUAACUCAAUUGAUUAAAGCAAUUUAUCGUACGUACAUUAGAGGGUCUAGCAAUAGUCUUAAUUCUCAACCUCUCCUUUAUUUGGGGAAGCAACAGUCCACUCCUGUGCUACAAAACCGAAGUGAACCUAUUCGUCUUAGGUCAGAGACUCGGCAUGCUAUCACAGAAAGAAUUUCACGCAAGCAUACUUUAGACCAAACUGUAUUCGAUUCGGCUCAAGCAGAAGUUGAACACUUUCUACGAACAACAGCAUAUCCUGCUUUCCUUAAAUCUGAUAUUUAUGUCGAUUUCCUACAAACAGCUCUAGAAGGUUCUAUUCGUAAAUUUCCUACGUGGGAACAAACGGUCUCUACCUCGUUAUUCCCAUAUACUGGUGACAAACAGUUAAGUACGGCUACUAACCUCCCAGAAUGCCCGUCAAACAUGGCAUUAGGAGGGAAAGUUCUUCCAACUUUAGAUGAGGAUCGUGAGUUGCAGUCCGAAGAACUAUCACUAUUGCACCCUUCAAGACAGGCUUGCAGACCUGCUUGUUGUCAAAUACUUCCAUUAACUGAUACAGCUGCUGUUACACCUGAUCAUGGUCAUUGUCAGCACUGUAAGAAAUGUCAGUUAUAUAAUCCAUGUUUACCACUGGAUUAUUCUCAACCUAUCCUAAGACCGCCAUCGUGUUAUCAACAAUCGCCAGUUGUGCCUACUAGUUCGGCAGCACCUCUAACUAUGGAAAAUUUGCAAAUGACUCGAUUUUAUCGUACAGAAUUAUCGCUACAACGUUCUUAUUUUAAUCCAUCUCAAAAUCCUUACGUUACAAGACCUAAUCAAGAAGGUGAACCUGUUGGGCAUGCACAUGUAUCACGUGCAUGCGGUUCAACUCCAUGGCGUUUUCACAAUCGACCCAACUACGCUUACACUCACUGGGCAGAUGCGAUGUGUCCACCUUCUAUGGAUCCACGUUUAGGGAAUUUGCCCAGUCAACCGCCUAAUCCAUAUCAUAUCUCUUAUGCACCAGUUUCAGCACGUGAUUCAGAACAUCAUAGUCUUUCAAGUGAUGCACGAACUGAUGAUACUCAUUCACAUACGGAUAGUAGCCACGACGGUGCUUGUAAUCGUUUACGUGCUCUUAAUCAUCGUUAUCCAAGCCCAUUCCAAUCAUCACGUUCUCAUAAUAACAAUAAUAAUAGUAAUAAUAGUAAACGUCAAAAUCAACUCUCCCAUCAUCAUCAUCACCAUCAUCAACGUCAUCUAUCUACCGGUCCACAAGGGAAUAGUAGUGGUGUUGGUGAAUUAAUGAUGCAGUGUACAUCUCCUAAAUCAUCAUCAUUUCCAACUUCUUUUCAAAGUCGUUUACAACAAUCUAAUCCAUUUUGUCGAAGUCCGAUUGGGAUUGGUGGUGCUGGUGGUGAUAGUCGUAUCAAUUAUCCUUUGGAGACUUUUUCAACCAAUACAAGUUGUCCAACAAGUACAGCUCCUUUUACUACUAGUAAUAAUGGAAAUAAUCAAGGGAUUGGAGAGAAAAUUGCUCAACACUCAACAACAGAUCCAAUUAUUAAUAAUAAUAAAUCACAACAGCAAAAACAUCAACGUCGUCUAGCUAGACGUGGUAUCAGUUCUCGUCCUUUCAGUGAUAAAACAAAACUACAUAAUAAUAACAAUUAUUGUACCGUUGGUAGUGCUGCCGCCGCCGCCGCCCCUACUGCUGCUGCUGGAAAUCCCACCGGAUUGAAUGUUCCAGUUAAACCAAGUAAUAAAUCAUCGACCAGUCGAUCAUAUAGCAUGGCUGAACAUGAUCCAAAAGCUUUUGCACAAAUUUUAUCAGAGAAACUACAACGUUUAUUAAAUAGUCAAUUAGUUACAGAACGUCUUGAUAAUCUUAUGAUUGAAACUAGUCCAAACAUUCAAGAAAGUCAAGAACAAGUGAAUGAAACUACCAAGUUAAUGAUUACAGAUUAUAAUAAUAACAACUUUAAUAAAGAUGAAUCAUCUAUUAUUAGUAAUACUUCAACUGUUAUUACAUUCACAACAACUAAUUGUCCUAUUGUUACAAAUACUACUAAUAUUAAUGAAACUACUACUACUACUGACUUAAUAAGUACUCAAUCAAAUUUCAUUCAUAAUCAAAUUACAUCAUCUAUUACUAAUCGAUUAAUAAGUGAUAAUAUAUCAACUGUUGCUGUUAUUACUACUCCUUCAGUACUUCAACGUCCAUGGGCUGAUAAGUUAUUAGCUGCUGCUCGUGUUCAACAUGAAAAUACACGUGAAAAUGCUCAGGCUAUUCUUGAAGAUCAUUGUUCAAGAAUAUGGGCUGCAUCAGCUGAUCGUACUCCAAGUAGUGGAGGAGGCGGAGGAGGGAGUGGCGAUGGAAGUAGAGGAGGUGGUCAUCUUCGUGAUGUUGAUGAUGAUGAUGUUGAUGGUGAUAACAACGUUACUAAUGAUAUUGAUCAUAAUAGAAUUGGUCUAGAUCUUAGUAUGCAUUCAACUAGGCCUCAUGAUACUACAACACUAGAUGAUCACUCAUCUCAACGAAAUAUUUCAUUAGAUAUAAAUGAACGUUCAUUUAUAUCUCCAAUUAUCACAAAUUAUAAUCAUGAAUCAUAUUGUCCAUCUACUUCUUUAAAUUAUAAUCGACCAUAUAUUAGUGGUAAUAAUGUUGUUAUCGGUGAUAUCAAUUGGUCACAUUCAACUAAUAAUGAUCUAACAAAAUCACAACAAACACAUAAUCAUAAAUCAUCUUCUUAUUCUAUAGUUGAAAAUAAUUGGAUUAAUGAUGAAAAUACACAACUUAUGCCUAAUAAUAAUUCGAUAAAUUCAUAUAAUAAAUCUUCCAGUACAAUCGAUCCAUCAACUACAAAAUCAUUACCAGUAAUCGUCCCACCAUGGUUCGCAUCAUUUUCUCAAUCGAAAUAUUCUCACAAGACAUCAGAUAUUCAAUUACAUACACAUUAUACGGAGCAUUUAGUCGAUUCGAAUAAUACCACUAAUGCUGCAAUAUCUAUGCAUGAUACAGAUCGAACAGAAAAUAGUCCAGUUAAUAUUGGUAGUAGUAGUAGUAGUAGUGGUACUACUACUACUACCACUACAACGACUACAGUUUCUACUACAACUAGCAGUACUAAUGAUCAUCAUCAUCAAGGUUCUGUUACAACUAACACCACAUCUCAAUCAACUCACUCUUCAUCAACAUCAGCUGUUUCUGGGACGUCGAAUUCCACACCGGGAAGUUCCGGUGUAGGUGUAUGCACCUCGUCCAAUUCACUUGUUAUAGGCUAUUAUAUGGGUGAUGAUCCGGUACCCUAUAGAAGUUUAUGGCCAUCAUCAGAGAUUACACUUGGUCAAUUUAAACAAUUAAUUCCCAAGAAAAAAGGUUUAUUCCGAUACUUUUUUAAGAAAGCAUCUGAUGAAUUCGAUUCCGGUGUAGUCCAUCAAGAGAUCACCAAUGAUGAUACUAUUCUACCUUUAUGGGAAGGUAAAAUUGUCGCCAAAGUUGAACGAAUUGAUUAAUAGUUGACAAUAGAAGAUGUUAGUUGGAUUUUUUUGUCUAAGGGUAUAAUAAUUAUGAAAUCUGGUUAUUCUCUUUGAUUUUCAUUAUGUUUGAGAGUGAUGUGGCAAUAUAACCACCUAGUUGUAUCUCUUAACUAUUCUCUUUCUUUCUUUCUUUCUUUCACUCUUUGAUAUGGCAUUACACAAAUUAUUAGAUUAUUCAAAUGUAAAAAUAAGCGCCUCAAUCUAUUGUAUCACAAUUUUUUCUACUCGAUCACUUUCAUUCUAUCCGUCUAUACGACGCUAUUAUCUUCUUCAUUAUUCUCAAUAUCCGGUUAUUAUCAUUUUCAAUUUAUUCUUAAUAAUAAUAAUAAUGGUGAUGUGAUUGUGGUCAUUUGUGCCUUCUUAUCAUCAUUAUUUUGGUUGUUUUUAAGCUUUAUUAUGUAUGUAUGUAUGUAUGUGUGUAUAUGUGUGAGCGUGUGUGUGUGAGUGUGUACGUGUACGUGUAUAUGCAGUACAUUUCAGUCAAUCGUACAUACUCGCGCGUGCCCAUCCCGAUCAAUGAUGCUUCUUUUUCCAUAUGGGUUAAACAGGGUAUAUUAUUAUCAUUAUAGUUUCUAUGUUUUUUCUCUCUCCUAUUUUGGUUUUUUUUUCCUUUUUUUUAAAAUUCUUAUAUCGUAAAAAACAAUUUUCGAUUUGUCCAUUUUUUUUUAAAAAAAAACACACAUUAUAUAUAUCCCAGUUGUAUUCUAUAGGGUAGGGGUGUUAACAACGAUAAUCACUGAGAGGGAGAGAGAGAGAGGAGGUCAUUGUAAAUGUUUAUUUUAUGCAAUAGUUACCUCUUGUUCAUUUCUUAUUAGCUCUUAUUUUACAUUAAACAUAUGCUGCUACUACUACUAUAAUAAUAAUAAUAAUAAUAAUUGAUAUGAUUUAAUUGUUGCCUUUCAAUUCUUGCCCAUCUCCAUUUGACAUACAUGACAAUUAUGAUUAACACUAUUUAAUCACUAAUGUUACUAUUCGUAUGUUUCCUUAAAAAAAAAUUCCCCCCCCCUGGCUUUUACAAUCAAUCUUGAUGGGUUUUUUUUAUUUUUAUUUUUUAAACUGACUACUAUGAUUAUCAUUGAUAAGGUCAAUUCAAUCUUCAUUAGAUGAAGAGGGUAGGGAGUGGGGGGGGGGUGACGCCGUAUGAACGCACAUAAUCUGUUUACAAAAAUCAGUGGAGUAUCUAUUUGAAUGAUGAAAGAGCCCAAAAAAAAACUUAUUUCUUUUUGGUUUGUUUAUUUAUUUUUUUGUUCAAUAAAAUGUUUCCCUUUGAGUAGUGAGUAAACUGCCUAUGUGUACACGUGUGUGCGCGUUUAUGUGUAGUUGAUGGAAAAUUGGAGACAAAAGGGGGAUCAUGCAACAAGUACGCACACACACAUACACACACACACAUCCCCACACAUUAUAGAUCAUAGAGUAAAUAAUAAUAAUAAUAAUAAAUAUGUUUUCUACUCAUAUUUCCUCUUCUGAUAUGAAUUUUAUUGUUUUGUUGAAUGAAUGAAUGAAUGGUCUAUAAAUGGCAUUAUGUUUCUAUAGUUUAUUGUGCUUUAUAACAUCAUUGCAUUACAUGUGUGUUGUAGUUUGUAAUGUUGAUCUAUUUCUAUUAGAUAAAAUAAAUUUGGUGUUGCUGUUGUUGUUGUUGUCGUCGUCAUCAUCAUCAUCAUAGGUGAUUUGAACAGUUUGUUUAUUUGAAUCUCAUAAUAAGAAUAAAAUGACCAUGUACUUUUAUUUCAAUCUUUACUAUUCAUCUCAACAACACACAAGACAUGCAUAUUAAUCAAAAGAAGAAGAAGAAGAAGACAUGUACUGCAUAACAAUGCAGAUUGUUUCUUUCCUUUUCGAUUAUUAUUUCACGUACUACCAGUCGAAUUGGAGAUCUAAUUCACGAAAAAUUGUUAUAAUUUGUGCCAUGUAUCUUAUUCAUAUUGAAAUUAAUGAUACUGCCAAUUAUCGACUGGGUCAAUAAUGCAUAAAACCAUUUAUGAAUAGUCUAGAGACUUUAGCGGUCCUGCAUCCUGGUUGUCUGUUGAGUGCAGAGCACAUCAAUCUGAGCCUCUGUGAUAUGAAUCUUAUAUUUCACAAACAUACUGGGUUCAUAUACACCAGCCGCCAAACAGAUCACAUUGUUUUAGAUUGUGAUCAUGAACCGAUUGAUGUUAGAACACUACAAUUGAAAGCCUGGGAGCAGUAGACGGCCGUUUCGUGCUAUUGUGGGACUCCUCAGCAGUGAUUAAGCGUUUGUGCGCGAGACCGAAGGCCCUGGGUUCGAAUCUCGCGAGCGGGAUCGUGGAUGCGCACUGUUGAGGAGUGCCACAAUAGGACGAAAUGGCCGUCCAGUGCUUCCAGGUUUUCAAUUGUGUUGGUCUAACAUCAAUCGGUUCAUGAUCUCAAUCAAAAACUUAAUAAUCUCCACAACCCCUAUACUAGAGACCACAUUGUAUCAUAAAAUAGAAGAUAACGCAAAUAAUCAACACUUUAAUGUUUAUUGAUCCUCGAACCUCUUUUUAACCGAAUAAUCAAUUAAAAGAUGAUGAUUGGCAAGGAGAUUAACUCUUCAUUGUAACUAAUUUAAUUAUAUAAUGAUAUAUUGGAAAUAAUAUCAGACCACACACAAAGGGUAUCAAAUCUGAAAUACAAUUAAACCGUAACCAGCACUAAAAGGCAGAGUAAACAAUAUACCAUUAAAGAAUGGUGAAGUAUCUAAAAGUAAGUAAGUCUAUCAUAAGUUUACAAUAAGUGGAACAUAGAAAUCUAACAAUAAAAUUAUUUACUAAUUAUACAAUAAAGAUAUAAAUCAUCAUAAUCUGGUAAAUAGAGUCGAGCUUCUCAACUACUCCAAGAAUCAUUCUGUUAUAACAGUAUGAUAAUUCAAUUAAGGUGGUGGUAGUCGACAGGGCAGCUUUUAUUUAAACUUUAUGCUUGUUAGUACUUAACAGCAAGAUGUAUCUACAGUCUUAUGGUAACGUAUAUUCUCUGUAGAAUCAGGACUCGCGUUAUCCACCUUCAUAAACUGAGAUAUUAUCGUUGAAAUAUCCAAAUCAUAACUCAGGGCUAUAAUUACUAAUUAUUAUCUAUCACUGAUUAUUUGAAUCAAUAUCAUGUUUGUUUACAUCUAUCUAUAGUGUUGAUCAAUUGCUACGAUCAAGUUAGUUGUAAUUGACAAUUAUUUAUUGAGUUAUUCAUCGAGAAAGUUUGUAUCUUAACAUACUAGAAAUAUUCAAAGUGUAUGUUUUGAAUAGAUUCUCCAAUGUAGAUAGUUAAGGUUAAUUCAUCAUUCAUUUAAUAAACAAAUACGUAUGCAAUAAAUGUAAAUGUCAUAGUACAUGAUCUAGAAGAUUGGAAGUUGUAGGCAUAAAGGUAUACAACUUGAGCUCAUUGUAUUACGUUGUUAUUGUGAUCUCUAAGUUGGAUAGACUAUGUUGUACAAUUUUCAUCGUUCACAAGAUCACUGGGAUAUGUAGUCAAAUGUACCUGUUGCGAGGCAAGCCCCGAUUUGGAAUCCUCAGUCAGUCAGCCAGCUACAAAGUAGGACCAGGCACAUAUGUGCAUCGGUCCAGGUUGCCAUACCGCAUCAGCACAACAAGAUGAACACCGGAUUCACAGCAGUGGUUAUGUUAAAGGUGGUAAUAUAUAAAAGAAAGAUUGCAUAUAGAGAUAUAGUACAAGAAGGAAGAAUUAGUUCGUAGAAGGAAAGAUAUGAAGUGAUUUUAAUCUCUUAGUUUAAGGGAAGACAGGGAGUGUAUACACGGACGCCAUUGUGAUCGAUUCUGAGCCAUGUCACCAAGAGUCUCCAACCAUUGGUUACGAAAGUCACGCGGACCACAACCAAGUAAUCUGCAUCUACCAACAUGGCUCAGACUAGAAGUUAGCGUCUUCAAGCACUGAUGCCACGUUUCGGUUUGGCCGCCUCUAACUUUCUUCCAACCAUCCCCUACCCCGGUUAGCAUUGCACGUCGUGGUAAUCGGUGUUCAGGCAUACGUAACACGUGGCCCAACCAUCUCAGUCGAUGAAGAUUCAUAAACUCAUCAACUGAUUUACCAUCAUUCCCUAAUACCCUGCGUUUAACCUCACUAUUACUUACCCGGUGAUCCCAGCAGACGCCAGCAAUAUUUCUGAGGCAUCUGUGGUCAAAUACUAAUAGCUUACAAGUAUCUUCUACUCUUAAUGGCCAUGUUUCGCUACCGUAAAGUAAAGCAGAACUGACUGCCGCGCACUAUACUCGUUCCUUAAUUGAUAGACGGAUAUCUUGCCUUCGCCAUAGGUGACGUAAGUUGGCGCAGACCAAACGAGCUUUUCGAAUCCGUGCUGAGAUUUCGUCAGACACCAACCCAUUAGGGAUGAUCAGUUUUCUAAGAUGAGUGAAGCUGUCAAUGAGUUCGACUACUUCACUCCCUAUCCUUAGUUCAGGUGCUGACGCAGACCAGUCCUGAAGCAACAACUUGCAUUUAGAGGGAGAGAAGCGCAUCCCAAACAUACUGGCAUUGUUGCUCAGUGCCACCAAAAGACUCUGCAUUUUGUCAGCGUCUUCACCAAACAGGACUAUGUCAUCUGCGUAUUCUAAGUCGAUAAGUGGGCCUCUUGGUAGGAGAUCAAUACCCGAGAAUUCAGUCGACAAGAAUGUUAUUUUCAUCAGUAGGUCUAUAAUGAAGUUAAAUGAAAAUGGAGAGAGUGGACAGCCUUGACCGAUACCACUUGAGGUUGCAAAAGUACAUGACAGUUCGUCAUAAGCCCUGACUAGACUGGUAGUGUUUGAGUAAAGAGCCUUUACAAGCUUCAUGUACUUCUGAGGUACGCCUUUCAAUGACAGACACUGCCACAGAAUCUCGCGGUCUAUCGAGUCAAAUGCUGCUUUUAAGUCAAGAAAGACCACCAUUGUCGGACGCCGAUAAGUAUGCCUAUGUUCUAGAACCUGACGAAUGGUGAAUAUGUGGUCGAUGCAGCCACGACUAGGUCUGAAGCCAGCUUGAUUCUCUCGUGUUUGCAGUUCACGAGUCUUAGUUAGGCGUCUGAUAAUUAUCGAGGCUAGUAUUUCAGAUAUUAUAUUAGUUAAACUAAUCCCUCUGUGGUUGUCACAGGAUGAUUUUAACCCUCUCUUAUAUAUUGGGACGAUAAGUGAUU